AUGGCUCGCGCCCAGACUACCCAAGCCGAACCCUCCGACUUCGAAAAGCAACGCCUCGCCAACAUCGCCGAGCGCGACGCCCUCCUCAAGAAACUGACCCAAGAAGCCCAGUCCGCAGGCCUGUAUACAAAACCCCCUGUCGUCCAACAGAAACGCACGGCAACAGCAAAACCCAGGGGCCCUCCAGCCAAAAGGGUGAAAAAGGAAGCGGCGGAAAUCGUGCCGCGACGGACGAGUUCUCGACUCGCCGGCCUGCAGGCGGACAGUGAAGUCGCGAAGCAGAAAGCAGAAGUCGAAUACGAGAAGGUCAAGGAAGUCGAAAGGGCGAGACGGCAGCGCGUGACGGGCGAUUUAUCUUUUUCCGGCACUGGGACAGCCACAGACGGCUCAAGCCUGAUUGGCACCGAUGUGCUCCUCAAGGGCGUGGCGACGCCGUACGCACGCACUUUCGACGAACGGCAGAUCCACGAGACGAGCGACAAGGAUCUCAAGGCGCUCAGGCAGAGGAUGAGCGGCCUGCAGCUCUGGGACGCGUGGGAGCCGAAUCGCAUCAAGAUCACCCCGGAGAGGAUCUACAGCAUGGCGUUCCACCCCACGACGACCAGACCGAUCGUCUUUGCUGGCGACAAAUUAGGCACAUUGGGGAUCGUGGACGCGUCGCAGGAUGUGACUGGCCUUAAAAAAGAGGAUGAAGAUGAGGACGAGGAUGUACAAGACCCCCAGAUCACGCACAUCAAGCCACAUACGAGGACCAUCUCCGCAAUGCAUACACACCCGUCCAAGCCCGAGACGAUCUACACGGCGUCGUACGACUCGUCCAUCCGAGCUACCGACCUGACGAAGUCCCUGGCUGUGGAAGUGUACGGGCCCUCGUCCCGCGAGGAAGACGAGCCCGUCUCCGGCGUGGACAUGUCCUCUACGGAUCCCAAUACUCUGUACUUUACGACCCUCAACGGCGCGUUUGGGCGGUAUGACACGCGCGCCGCCCCCAGUACGGCCGAGCUCUUCCAGCUGUCGGAGAAGAAAAUCGGCGGCUUCAGCUUACACCCGUUGUUGCCGCACUACGCGGCCACGGCGUCGCUUGACCGCUUCCUUCGGCUGUGGGAUCUGCGCAAACUGACGAAGAAGAUGCCCACGCCGGUGGGCGAGCACGAGAGUAGAUUGAGUGUCAGCCAUGCAGCGUUCAAUACGGCGGGCCAGGUGGCCACAACCAGCUACGACGAUACCAUCAAGAUCCAUUCCUUUGGCGUGGGUGCGAAGCCGACUGCAGACGUGGCCACGCAAGGCAUGAACAUGAAUGAAUGGAAGGCUGGCUUUCAACUGCCGGACGAGGCCAUGAAGCCCGAGGUCGUCAUCCGACAUAAUAACCAGACCGGCCGGUGGACAACCAUCCUUAAGCCACGCUGGCAGAUGUAUCCCCAGGACAAUAUCCAGAAACUGGUCGUAGGAAACAUGAACCGAUUCGUCGACGUCUACGCGGCAAACGGCGACCAGCUCGCCCAGCUCGGCGGCGAGGGCAUCACAGCCGUGCCUGCCGUCGCAGUGUUUCAUCCUUCCAACGACUGGAUCGCGGGAGGGACUGCGAGCGGGAAGUUAUGUCUGUGGAUGUGA